AUGGGUCCAGCGCAGUCCCGGUUACCCAUCGCUCACGCACUUUCGAAACCUACGAAGAAAGACGGCUGGCUCGGAUCAUUGCGCGAAACCCGUCAGGGUAUCAAGAGCACACUUGGCUACAGCGCCUCCGCCGUUCCCGACGAGAUACCUCCCGACAACAUAUUCACACCUAUACAACAAGAUGAUAUCCUUCCGCAAAUUCCAAUCGGACGUCAUCACCCAGUGCCUAGGACGGGAGUGGAAGAUGACGACAGAACCACUAUGCAUACCAACAGUUUCUACGCCAAUGCAUUCCUAGGACAACAGAACCAACCUAUCUGGACACACCCUUACUCGAUCUGGUGGGGUAAAGGCACACUAGACGUGGGCAUGGUGCAGACAUGGGGCAUGUGCAUAAGCCAUAUCGAAGAGAAGGACCUGGUGUUCGAACCUGGAGAUCCAGCCAAAGGUUAUAUUAAUCCGCUCCACAAGCAGCAUCUCGUCCUCAGUGCCGUCGAGCUCGAUGCGCGAACAACUCUCACUACAGACACUCAUCUCCCGUUCUCCGUCAAUAUUAACCUCAAACCACAUCCUGAUGCCCAGGAACCGAAGAUUACAUUUCCUGCUGUGCAAGGCAUGAGCUUCAUUACGGCUGGCUACCGAGGUGCAACGCCCAUGAUACAGACAGGCGGUCGUGGCUUUGUGGACUUGGCCAGGCCAAUCGUCAUAUCACCACGCACAGUCAAGUAUCGUCUGAAAGAUAAAGCUGGGCAUUGCUGGAUCGUGUACGUCAAUCCAGUAGCAAGUCUCGACUACGAUGCCACGUGCUUCGUUCGACUAAACUCCAACACACUCCUCGGCCCUCCCGCCUUCAAAGGCACAAUCCAGGUAGCCAAGAAUCCGCUUGGCUUAGAGGGCGAAGCAAUCUACGACAGAGCCUCCGGCGCCUUUGUAUGCGAAGCCAAACUCACAGCUGUAGUCCCAGACAGCAAAGGCAUCUACACUUUCCGCUACACCAAAAUCGGUACUUCGCCGCUACUCAUGUUCGCACUGCCCCAUCACGUCCAAUCUCUCGACCCAGAGAUGAGGAAUCAGGUCACGAACCUUUGUCUACGCACCACCACCAAAGGCAUGGCAACAGCCAUCUGGGGUGACAAACUCACCUUCAUCGAACCAAACCUCCCCUUGACCAUGCACUUCUCCCCUUGGAACCCAACCAUGAAUGCAAACGCUAAGAUCCGGUAUCCCCCCGAAGUCCUCGCCUUCAUCGCCGCAGUCGCAGAGCGCGACCUCCGCCGCGCAAUGACCGAACGCAUACCCCAAGACUCUCUGUACUUUGCCGGCAAGUCCCUAGCGAAAUUCGCAACAAUCGUAUGGAUCAUCAAAGACGUCUUGAGCCACGACGCCAUUGCCACCGCGGGGCUCGAAAAGCUGAAAGUCGAGUUGGCCAGAUAUAUAGACAAUGCGCAACGCCACCCUCUCUACUACGACGACAGCUGGAAAGGCGUCGUGUCCUCGGCCGGCUUCUCGGACCCAGGCGCCGAUUUUGGAAAUACGUAUUACAACGAUCAUCACCUUCAAUACGCGUACUUUGUUUAUACGGCCUCGGUCAUUGGUGCCUUGGAUCCCGCGUGGCUGACGCAGGGCGAUAAUAAGAGCUGGACGAAUAUGCUUGUCAAGGACUUUGCGGAGAGCGAUUAUAACGGCAGAGACUACCCCUUUUCGCGCAGCUUCGAUUGGUGGCAUGGACAUAGUUGGGCAAAAGGGCUCUUCGAAGCAGCCGAUGGCAAUGAUAUGGAGAGUACGGGGGAAGAUGCGUUUGCGAGUUAUGCGGUGAAGAUGUGGGGGAAGGUAGUGGGCGAUGUGGAUAUGGAGAAGAGAGGUAUGUGUAUGUGA